AUUGGAGUGUUUCAGGAGUACUUGCGCAGUCUGGCAGCCCGUUAUUACAGCAUUUCCAAAUACGGUAGUACAACUAUUUUAGGAUAUUGUUUUCAAUACGGUAUGGACACACUGCAAAGUGUUUGGGAUGUUCGAUAUUUGUGUAAAAUUCUAAGAGACCUGAAUGAAAAGAGGCAUGCAUUAGGGCGUCGAACGAGGGAUUUUCCAGCCCAGCAGAUCCUUGCCAGCGCGUGAAAAGCGAGUCGAGUGGAAAUCGAAUCGGUUGGCACGGUCGCGGUCCAAUUAAUUUCGAACUUAACUGCGCGAUUUGCAGGAGAUGUGUCUAUACCUGCAUGUGCAUGUGUAUCUGUGUGCGAGGUGGCCCACGGCUGUGUGUGUGAGCAGCGUGUGAGUGUGUGUUGGUUUGUGGGUGUGUGUUGGUGUGUGGGCACACUGGAAAGAAUCAAUAAAGGAUGUGCUGCGUAUUGCUGAGCGAGAAAAAAGGACGAAAAGUGCUAGCCAGAGCGAAUUAACGGUUAACUUUUGGCACGAUUAACGGAUUAACGGUCAAUCAAGCCCCACAACCGAGUGAACAGUGAAAAUAACGAGAGUGCGGGCACAGUUAAUUAGCAAAUUAACGAGUGGGUCGCCACAGGAUUUCAGGAUUUCGAUAUAUUUUGGAUUCCUGCACAUGAACAAGAUGAUGAGAUACUGCCUCAUAAUUGCUUUGCAGCUGUCGUUGGCAUACUCCGUGGAGGUGCACUUCGAGGCGCCGGACAGCGGCUUCUUUCUGAAGCACGCCCGCCAACCACCUGUGACGCCGGAGAUCGCCAACGUGCAGACAUCCUCGGCGGUGCCGCCACUACGGCAACGAUCAUCCUACGACUCCGUGUUAUCCCUGGACAGAUUCACUGUGGUGGAGACCACGCAGCCGGUGUCCAUUCGCGCCAGUUAUGGACCAUUUUCCACGAAACAAACGGUGCCAGCCCGCUACAUUGUGCCGGACACAAUGGACAGCCAGUCGGGCGAUUAUAUGAACAAUGCCACUCUACUGGAGCUCCAGCAGCCGAACAUGCACCUGGAUAUCUCUGCCCAUUUAGUACGCUCCAGUGUAUCGCAGGAUGCUCCCGUGCUUCGGGUACUAUUCCACGCCGGAGCCGAUCCGGGUGGUCACUUGCAGCGUCAGAAGGUCUGUGUACUCCUGCACGUAGCCAUGGGCUCGGAGCAGCCGCUUAAAGGACGCUGCAUGCCGGAGGGCGAGGACGGUGUCUGCGUAGCCGAAGUGGUGGUGCCACUGGGCUGGUGGCCCCAGCUGCCCGCGCCCACACAAGACGGCAGUGGCCAGGCGCCACCCAAAGUGCCGCAGCGGUAUGCCCAGGUCUCGUACAGUGUCUUUGAACCACCAUUGAGGAAUCCCGAGCAGUGCGAGCCCAAGGUGCAAAUCCAACCGUUGACUACAUUCGCCCAGGUGCCUUUGUUGGCCGCCAGGACUCCCUAUCGUAUGUUGCGUGCCGAUGAUGCCGUCACCUUUCUGCUGCCCCAACAUCCACUGUAUCCACUGUCUCGUCUCCAUGUGCCCGUCUUUCUCCACCAAUAUCCCGAUCAGCGGGUGGCCUCUUUCACAGUGAGAGCUCGCGUCAAGGCGGGCUUGAAGAUUUUGGGCGCCACUGCCUCCACAGACCAAUGGAGCGUCUCUGUUGAGAAGGAGAAUCCCAAACACACCACCGCCCGGGUCACUGCUUUUCGCAAAGAAGCCGAAUCGAGUUUGGAAAGCGGAGGUAACCUAACCAGCGAGGUGUUUGAGGUAUUCUCAUGGCUGCUCGAGGUGGCCGAGGACACCAAUGAUAUUGUGGACGGUGGCAAGAUUGUGUGGUCCGUGACCCAUGUCUAUGACACGCCAAAGGACAAGGAUUCCGGAGAACUGGUCAUACCCGAUGACAACAAGAAGCGACUAAUUGCCAAGCUGGAGAUCAACAAGGAUGACAUUCAGGCGGUGCUGCCGAUGGCCAAGAUCUGGGAAGUGAUGAACACGGCGGUGCUAACCGGCAGGCAGGUAGCCCAGGCCAUGAAGGUGUUUAUCGUUUCGCAGGCUGGCAAGGUGGCCGAUGUGACGCUACAGAGCUCCUGUCAUGCCGAAGACGAAAGUGUGAUCAAGGUUUCCUCCUCCUGCAGCUCUGUUUAUGUGGAUGGCUCCGAGCAGCGCGGCUCAUCCAAUGCCUCGGUCAUAGUCAAGUAUGGUACAUAUGUGGGUGUGGCCAAGUUCAUCGUUUGGAUGCCCGAGUUCCCGCUGGAGGUUUACAUAUCCGAUUUCCGUCUCUCCCAGAUCAAGGGAUGGAAAGUAACCGAUGACAAUCACUAUCUACACAACAAGCAGUCGCGUCGGAGAAAGAAGAGAUCCUACGUUUGGGGUCAGCACGGAACCAACUAUUAUAACAAUCUGGGAGCAGACAAGACGAUUUGUCGAGCGCGCUAUCAGCAGAGUCCCGUGGAGGUGUACGCCAAAUUCCUGGCCGUGGAUCAGAACUCUGGACGCACCAGCUACUUUAUCUCACGGCGUACGGGCUUAAGAGUCACGGAUCUGGUGCAGCCGCUGCUCCGUGUGGCCGAUCCCAAGAUCGCAUCUCUGAAGGGUCGAAUUCUGCAGGGCAAGUCCAUGGGACGCACCGAUGUGCAGGUCCUGUCGCCCAUAACGGGUCGAGUAAUUGGCACCAAGGAAAUCCGUGUGGGCAGCGACAAGGUCAACCUUUCCAAGCUCAUAGUGCGCGUCAUUUCGGGCCUGCAGCUCACGAUCAGUCCGGACAACACGAUUGAGAACGGCUACCUGGCGGAGACAUCCGUUACCCACAAGCUGACUGCUCAGUAUCAGGAGGGACUGCUUGACAUCGAUCUCGAGUUUACCGAUGGCUCCAAAACUCCUUUGCGAGAUAUUGCCGUGGAGGACUAUUUCCUGCUGGUGGAGAGCUUGGACACCGAGGUGGUGGCAUUUGCUCCCAUGCUGGCUUCCCAUCAUCCACGUGUCAUAGCCGUCGGCGAGGGCAAUGGUAACCUGCUGCGCGUGACUCUUUUACUUUCCGAGGAGUGCCGCCAGCGUCGUGGCACGCUGAGCAGCUCCAAACAGAACAAAUCGAAUGUAGCACCACUGGCCAGUGCUUUGGCAUCCAUCGAAGUGGAUUUCAACAAUGUGGAUAUCGUGAACAAGCAGGAGGCAAUCCAAAAUGAUGGCACUGUGGGCAGGGAAAGAAAGAACUAUAGGCAAACUGGAGAUCUGGCCGACAUCAUUGUUGGCAUCCCUUUGCGGGACUCCAGCCAGCUGUACGAGCCUACUGUUCAGGCGCGUCAGCAUCGGGGCAGCAUUCAGGCGGUUCAUAAGGGUCAUCACGGCAAGGGUCUUGCUGGCACAGGCACCAUGACCACCAUGGAACUGGGCAUGUACGUCCUGCUCACGGCGUUCUGCUUCGCUAUUAUUGUGUUUGUGAUCUCGUGCGUUGUGUAUGCCUCCAAAUUCCGGCCAGCAAUGAUUGAAUCUGGCUUGGAUCCUCUGUCGGCGGGCAAGAGCAAUGGUUCUGGUGGAUCUGGAGGCUUCCGGGAUGUGCGCCUAAAGGAGUCGACUACGAAUGCACACGAUUGGGUCUGGCUGGGCCGCUCCACCAUCGACCGUCAGUCCAUUGUGGCGGAAACCAACACGCAUUUGAAUCCCAGAGAUUCCCGCAUGCGCAUCACGAGCAAUCCGAUUGUCAACUACGACAAUGGCCGCCGCGUCAGCUCCUUUGACCAACAGCCUAAGCUGCAGACGCAUAUCGUGCCGGCCUCCAAUCUAAACAAGCAGCACGCCGACCACUAUUUGGCCAACGAGCGCAAGGAUAAUGCCCUGGACUACAAGCCGCCAGUGCCGCCGCACAGGAAUGUGGGCGCCCGAGCAUGCCUGCCGGUUCAGCCAGUGCCCGGUACUGGAUCUGUAAAGGAUGCAGCACCCAACAAGCGAUACAGUCAGCUGUACAGACGUGAGCAUUUGCAGAACGGCGAUAGCAAUGCCAACCAACAGCCGGCACAGCAGCCGAAUCAGCAGCCGAAUCAGCAGCCGCCAACAGAGCGCCCUCAUCCAUUAGCCCAUGCCCAUCCACAUCCACAUCCUCAUCCGCACCAGCAUCAGCGCAGCCAUAGCCACAGCCACAACUUCACCCAGGAGCCACUCAUUAAGGCGGCGCACAACAAAAUCAAGCAGCAGCAGCAACAACAACAGCAGCAGCAACACGAGGAGCUGCACAACGCCGAGAAGCUGGUGGAGUACACGAAUCCGCACCAGAAGAACGCGUUCCAGUUCGAUUCGCUGACACCAAAGAGAGUUACCAAAGCAGCCGCGUCUUCGCCGGCAACGCCGUCCACAUCAGCAGUCCAGGGCAAAGCUAAAGAAAACCACAGCAUGGCCAGCAGCACUGGGGAUGCGGCCAACUCAAAUGGAACGGACGAGAUUAUAAGGCUGCCAGCCAGCGCCGUCAGCCAGGAGCCCACCACGAAAUCGUCGCGUGUCAAGCGCGCCACCGUGGUGGGCAAUCCGAUGUUCUCGGCCACCGUCGAUGAGUCUGUCGCUCCCGGAGAGCGUCUUGGUCUGGACGAUCUUGACAUGGAUUACGAGCAGAUCAUGCACUACUUUGACAACCUAAAGGAGUCAAAUGCCUGAGUACAGGAGAUCAUUGCUAAAAUUCGCGAGAUAUUGUCAACGUUCCAUCACCGAUAUCAAACGGUUGCCACGCCCCUGACCUCGCCCACUCGCCAGCAGAUGCAGCUGCUCGACGAACUGGUCGCCGGCGUGGCAACGGCCACAGCCAUCACCGUAACCAAGGCAACACCAUUGGCCACGGGUGACGGAGAGGCCGACGAUGCCGCUGAUGCAUUCGAUGCCUACGAUGGAGCGUUGGACAUCGAGAGCAGGCAGUUCUAGACGUCAAACCUGGCACACAUCUAAACGCAAUUCUAGCAAUACUCCCCCAGUACUCUAAAGCAAACCUUGAUGCCGCUCCACCAACUCCGUAAACAAUCCGUGCUGAGGUCGAGCAAGGCGGCCCCAAAACGCACUCGUCAGCCGAGCAGGCGUACAGGCAAGGAGAAGGAGAAGGAGAUGAUUCGAUGGAGAAACAUAUUUAUUGCUAGGCUAAGUUCAUAUUUAAUGCAUACACCUAUAGGCAUAUGUAAACGUGGAGAUAAUCCAAGUGUAUCUCGAGGAGCGCGUGCCUGACACAAUCGGAAUCGACGGGCAACCACAUAUAGUAUACAACUACCUAUAUCUCUGUAA